AUGGACCAGGAAGCAUUCCGAAACCUCAUCUCGACGUCGUCCGCACUCGCCGGCCCGAGCGGCUCGACGGGCAACCGCAGCUUUGGCAAAGCGCACAAGCGCUCCGCUCCACCCACCUCGUUCACCAGACCCUCCGAUCUUAAACCGCGCAAGCUCAAAAGAGAUAGCACCUACACCGAUCGAGCUUCCGCCCGUCGCUCCGGAACCACCAAUGAGUUUGAUGACGUCGAGGAACUGCAUCGCGACUUUGAGGAGCGCAUCGCCGCAGCAGAGACCGAGGAGGAGCGGCAGAGGUUGAGGGACCAGAUCAGCAGUGUCGGUGGAGACGCCAGGUAUUCCGUCUUGGUCAAGGGGUUGGAUUGGGGCUUGUUGGCGCAGAACAAGGCACGGGUCGAAAGGGAGAAUGGAGGGUAUGAGCAGGGCGGAGGGGAAGGAGAGCUCGAGGUUGCGUAUCAGGAAGGUAGGGCGGGGGACGACGGUGAAGGAGAGGGGAAGAGGAGCAGAGAGGACAUCGUCGAGGCGAUCAGGCGGCGUAGGGAAGCGAAGGGAGCGCUGAAGGAUGAACCCAAGACGGGCUUCCGCCCGAUAGGCUUCAAGCCUAUCGGAGGUCCAGACAAGCAAGAGGAGGGUUUGGCAGAGUACAAAUGGGUGGGUGGCAAGCGGAUGCGCAAGAAGAAGAAGCUGGAAGCGGCGCCGGUGGAAGAAGAGCUGGCGUCGAAAGAGGCCGAACAGGUCAAAGCUGUGCAAGGCGCAAAGAUGGACCCGAUACGACGGGAUGCAAGCGAGGUAGUCCCGACUCCAGUUGCGAUCAAGCAGUCUUCUGCAUCUGCAGCGGGGACUUCGAUGCGUGCAGUAGGGCCAAACCGCCAAAUCAGCGCAUCCAGCUCGGCGAAUCGCACACCGUCGCCGCCAAAGCGGCCUGUCGAGCCAGCUGAAGAGAAAGUCAAGCCUACAGCCACCAUUGAAGAGGACGACGAAGACGAAGACAUCUUUGCCGACGUCGGCGGUUGGGAUGGCAUCGCGGAAUCCAAGGACGACGCUGACGACACGGCAAGCGCAGAUGGCUCUGACGAGGCGGGUGCCCUUUCCUCACCAAUCGCCGAUCGCGCAUCUACACCACCACCUGCCACAACAGCACCCCUUGUCGAUCCCGACUCACCCGUCAAGGACGCCAGAUCCCCUUCUCCGACUCGCCCUGAGCCUGCUCAACUAGCUCUCGACGCUAGCCUCCCCGCUGUCUCCGCUAACGUGCCGGCGCUGCCACUGAGCCCCGACUCAAUUGCGUCGCAAACAGUCUCGGCGCCACCAGCUGCAGAAAGCGAGCCAGCACCAGCCCUCGAAGCCUCGAAGCCGAAACCCAAAAAGUCCAAAUGGGACGACGACGAGCCGUCAGCCAAGAAAAAGAAAAAGAAGCGUCAUUGA